AAUACGACAGUAUAUAAGCGCCGGUCAUCAUCUUUCCUAUCACAGUCAAAGUUUGGUCUCCUAACCAGAAGUUGACAACGGCAUCAAAAUAUUAAUUCGUAAUACCUACUUUUGUACACUUCGACAUUAUUUGUUGUAAAUUGUACUUUCUUUUCCAUUUCAAUUCAACUAACAACAACGGCAGUCACUAUGAAUUGUGUUCAGAUCUGUUUGAUGUUGGCCGCGAGUGGCUUGGUGCUGGUUUCAGCCAACCCGGGAUCAUACAACUACGGAUACAACUUGAACGAUGCAGCCUCCGGGGAACUCCAGGAACUCCGUGAGACCAAAGUGUGCAAUGACCAGGUGGUAUAUGACGACAAACCGACAAUUGUGGCCUCCAAGAGCUUUGUCUCCGAACCCAUCAUCGCAUCGGUGACCUCAGGACCGAUCAUCAACACUGAAUUCGUGUCCUCGACUCCAGCAUCAAUCUUGCGUUCUGAUUUCGAUUCUUCCCGGAUCGUGGCCGCCGCCCCACUGUUGGAAACAAAAAUUGAGGCCGAACCAAUGACGUACGUUUCUCGUCCCGCAUACGCUCCUCUUCCCAAGUACUCCUCACCGAUCACCGUUACCGCGGCUCCGAUGUUAGAAACCAGAAUUGCAGCUGAACCAAUGGUUUAUGCUUCUCGUCCCGAAUACGCACCUGUCGCACCUCUUGUCAAGUACGCACCUCUUGUCAAGUACGCAAGUCCCGCUCCUCUAGUUGUGUCCAGACCGCAAACUCCGAUCGUGCACGUCCAAGCCCCGGCCCAAAUCAUCAAGUCCGCCCCACUCCAAUCGUACGGCCGCCUGUCCACUUCUCACUCACACAAAUCGUUCGUCAACCACCCGCAGGCUUCACUUAAAAUCGCCGCCGUCGCACCUCAGUACUACGCGGCCGCACCUGCAGCACCAGAAUAUUAUGCCGCACCCGCCCUGGCCGCAAAGGAAUACCACGUGGCCGCUCCCGCAGCACUGGAAUACCAUUCAGCAGCCCCAGUCGCUUGGCAAUCCGCCCCAGCACCGAUCGCCGUGAAGAUCGCCAACCCCGUGGUACACGCCAAUUACGGUAACGUUGCCUUGCACCAGGCCGCCGCACCUCUGCUCGCCCCGGCCACACAGUACGCGUACCGCACCGCUUCGUCACCAGCCAGUUCGUACCAGUACGCCAAACACUGGAACAAUUACGAACAGUUGGCCACCGCCGGUCAAUUGCGGUACUCCGCGGCCAGUCCACAGUACUAUUCGUCCGUGUACCAGCAGCCCCAAUUCGACUACGCCACCGCGACCCAAGUACAGAAUUUGGGCCAAUACGACGGCCAGGAACAACCAUGCGAAAAAUAGACGCCGUCGCCGGCCCCAUAGCAUCUUAU